AUGUUCCAGCUGGGCAUCGCAGCGGCAGCAGCUGGAGCAGCCACGUCUUACGUACUCACCCCCAUCGAACUGAUCAAGUGUCGAAUGCAGGUCCAGAUGAUUGCAAAGGAGCAAGCCGCGCUGACCACGAGCAGCGCAUCAGGUGGCCCUGCUUCUGCUUCUGCUGCUAUUCGAUCUUUGCCGGGACCCGUGACGCUGGCACGCCAAGUCAUUGCAAGCGAAGGCAUCACUGGCUUGUGGCUGGGUCAGACGGGCACUCUGCUCAGGGAGACUGGCGGUGGCAUCGCCUGGUUUUUGGCCUUCGAAGCGACCUGCAGGGAAUUCUUGGCGCGGCGAAGCAGGACGAACCGACCGGAUCAAAAGUCAGACUUGUCUUCCAUCGAGCUCGUCACUGCAGGGGCGGCAGCUGGCAUCGGCUACAAUGUAAUUCUGUUUCCUGCAGAUUGCAUCAAGAGCACCAUACAGACGGAAAAGGAGCUCAAACCUAACCAGCCGAUCGCAGGCUUCUUGCAGACUGGAACCAGGAUAUACAGACAGCGAGGCAUCAGGGGUUUGUACGCUGGUUGUGGAAUCACGUGCCUGAGAAGCGCGCCCAGCAGCGGUGAGUCACACGGCUUUGGCUCGAUGCAGCUAAAAGGCGCAGCGUUGAGCGCAAGGCAACGCCGGGGACCAUCAAGCUGAUGCCAAGUGUUCCGAUGCUUUGACGCGACGAUCUCCGUGGUGUGCUCAGCUCUCAUCUUGUGA